AUGGUCACGGCACCCCGAAAAAGCGCAGCCCCGCCUCCUGCGCAGUUUCGACAAGGAUCAAACCACCAGCGUGCGAACCUUUGGGUGACCCGCGGCAAAUCUUUCUCUCUCUGUGGCUCAGUGGAGGCCGUGGUGGAGUUCGACUAUGAGGCCCAGCAGGACGACGAGUUGAGCCUGAGCGUGGGCGACGUCAUCGUGAACAUACGGCGAGACGACGGAGGAUGGUGGGAGGGCGAGCUGGGCGGCCGCAGGGGGCUCUUCCCUGACAACUUUGUAAGGGAGAUCAAGAAAGAGGCAAAGAGGGAUGGAGGGCAAGCCAAAGCGGACCUGGCCAACGGACGGGCAAGUCCUGUGUCUGAGGCCGCCACCAGACCGGCCAAGAAAGGGGACCAGAUCCGUAAGCGACGCUGCAAAGCGGCCUUCAGCUACGUGCCUCAACAUGAAGACGAGCUAGAACUAAAAAUUGGCGACAUCAUCGAAAUCGUAGCCGAGGUAGAGGAAGGCUGGUGGGAAGGCGUCCUUAAUGGCAAAAGCGGCAUGUUCCCCUCCAAUUUCACCAAAGAGAUCUUAUUGGACGCCGACCCCGAUACGCCCGCCUCGCAAGAGGAGCCCCUUGCCGCCCGCAACAGUAAGAACAGCCCCGGGAGCGAAAGCGACGGGGGUGACGCUCGAUCUGAAACUGGAUCUGGAGAAAUCCAGCCCAAAAAGGUGAGAGGAUUCGGCUUUGGUGACAUCUUCAAAGAUCAGCCCAUCAAGCUGCGCCCGCGAUCUGUGGACAUGGAGUCAGACGGGGAUAAGGUCGCCGAUUGGAAGACUGCAAACUCGGCGCCCACCGACAACAUGAAGGGUGACCCGGACAGUCGAGGAAAAGGUCGAGAACUGUGCAAAGUUCUCUUCCCGUAUGAAGCGCACAACGAGGACGAGCUAACCAUCAAAGAGGGCGAAAUCAUCACCAUCGUCACUAAGGACUGCGCCGACACGGGCUGGUGGAUGGGCGAAAUCGGCGGCAGGCAAGGCGUCUUCCCGGAUAACUUCGUUAAACUCCUCGAAAACGAGAAAGAGAGACCAAAGAAGCCUCCACCCCCCGGCGCGCCGGUCGCCAAACCCCCGACGGCGGAGAAAAAGUCGGAUGUGAAGAAAGUUCCUCCGGAGCGGCCCGAGCACCUGCCGCAAAGAGAACAGGAUCGAGGUGACGAAGUGGUCAAGCCCCCCCUUCCGACUGUCCUCCCCAAGAAAGUUUUUCCUCCUAAAACGUCAAAUUCCUCAUCCGCUACCCAACAACCCCCGAGACGCCCUGAGAGACCCCCCACCCUUGCGUGCGAAAGCCCCAAAUCUGAGGGCGGGGCUUCGACACCUGAACCUGCCCCUGACAAGUCUCAAAACAUGGAUUUGGACCUGGACGCGGUGGUUCCCACGGCAGAGAAGCUCAGUCACCCCACGGCGUCGCGGCCCAGAGUCACCGACCGUCGGCCUCGCUCGCAAAUCAUCAUUUCGGUACCUGAGAGUAAACCUCAAGUCACUACCAAGCCGUCGGCUCUGCUUCCCGCAUCGCCGCCUUCCCCCUCAGCGCUUUCCGGCCCAGCCCCGGAGCUGCGGCAGACGUCGCCCGUGACGGCGCCCUCGCUGGAGGACCUGAGGAAACAGCUGCGAGAGCUGCGCGGCUCCGUGGAGCUGCUCAAGACUCAGCACAGGCAGGAGAUGAAGCAGCUUGCCGGCACGCUGGACGAGGAGAAGAAGAUACGACUCAGUUUACAGAUGGAAGUGGAGCACAUAAAGAAGAUUCUGUCCAAAUGA